UAUUCGGGCUGCACAGGGUUCUGGCAGAAUCGAGCUCUUCCAUCAUUCUCCGCUUCCAUCUAUUCCUGGAUUUGUUUUCUUUUCAAUUCUCAUUUCUUUUUUAAUCUUGUUUGGUUUGAUUUUUUUUUACAAUCACAACAUGGUUGAUGCGUUUUGCAGCACCUGGAAACUGAUUGACAGUCAGAAUUUUGAUGAGUACAUGAAAGCACUCGGUGUGGGCUUUGCAACCAGGCAAGUCGGAAACGUUACAAAGCCAACAGUCAUUAUUAGCCAGGAAGGAGACAAAGUUGUGAUUAAGACUCAGAGCACCUUUAAGAACACGGAGAUCUCCUUUAAAUUGGGGGAUGAGUUUGACGAGAACACCCCAGACGACAGGCACUGUAAAUCUACGGUGACUCUUGAUGGUGACAAACUUGUUCAUGUCCAGAAAUGGGACGGCAAGGAGACCAAGUUUACCAGAGAGAUUAAAGAUGGCAAAAUGGUCAUGACUCUAUGCUUUGGUGAUGUCCAAGCUGUCCGCACCUAUGAGAAGGCCUAAGCCCCAGAUCAUGUUCUGCUCAGAGCCCUGUGUCUCAUUGGACCAUUCAGUCCUGUUUACUGGACUACAGAUUACCAGCAGUGUUUUUACUGUUUGCAUAGAUUUGCACUUCAACACUCUAAAUAUUUUUUUGUAAAACCCAUUUGAAAAAAAGUAGAUUUUUUUUUUUAUAAGCUCAACAUUAAAAUGAAAGAAAGGACAGACUCUGUUAAGCACAUUUGAAAGUAUUUUUUCCAAAUGACUUUAUGCAGUUUUGUAUGAAAUCAUCCCUUGUGAACCUGUGCAAAACAGACCUAAAUAAACACCUUUGAUCUGCAACUACA